GAUAGUGUUGCAUUGAUCUACAUUUAGAGUAUAAAUACGGGCAUUUCAUCAGAAAAUGAAGUCAAAUUGAAAUUAAGGAUCAAUCGAAAGAGCAGUAAAUUUAGCCAUGUGUUUGAUUCUCUCCUGUUUUUGUGUAGGCCAUACUAGAACGAAUUCGUGGUUGGAAAUUGGUUCAAUGGCCCAAUUCGAUUAUGAAAUGCGAAAUGCUAUUGAUAGAUUGAUUGUUGUUGAAUUUUACUACAGUUGGUGCGAUUAUUCCAAAUUAAUAGUUUCAUCAUUGGAUUUGCUUGCAUUGAAGUAUUCAAAUGUUAUCAUGCUUCGGGUUGACAUUGAUAAAUUCAAGGCUUUGGCCGCCCGAUAUAAUGUUAUAUAUUCGCCUACAUUUGUUUAUUUGAGAUUUAGCCGUUUGUUAGAAAUAUUCACCGAUGCCAACGUGAAUCGAUUCGAACACGUCCUGAAUAAACGGUUGAGAUACUUAUGAACUACCACCAUCACAAUAAAAACUUAUUAAAUUAAUUUGUUAAAUGACUUUCAAUAA